UUCAUGAUAUUAAUUUUUAUAAUUUAUUCAUCUGUGAAUAGUGUGAAUUCUGUGUGACUAUGUUAUCGUACUGUCAAAGUGUCGGUUAUUUAACUUAACAGACAGAAACACUUAACGUUUUGAACUUAUGAAGUAUUCCCUAUACUUCCGGGAUCAGGCAUUUCGAUCUUCAUCUUUCGUCAGCCGCCGUCUAGAGCCUAGGCCCUAGAUAUCGGUGGUUGUCAAUUAAUCAAAAAUAAUAAUAAUCGAGAUGUUUCCUUUCAAUGUUUGGAUGUUCCAAAUCUAAACUUUAAUUAAAAACCAGAUCCUAGGAUUUAUCUUAAGUGAAGAUUACAAUUAUUUUCUAACUUCUCAAUCAAUAUCCCAGAAUACUUCAAAAGUAAUUGGUCAUACUGGUCAUUAAAAUUAUUUAUAUUUUACUUCAUUGAAUUAUGGAACUUAAUUAUGAAAAGGAAYCAUGCACUGUAAACAUGCCUAAUGAAAAAGUCCCAGAUCAAAAAGUAGAUUUUAAUGAAGUGGAAUAUGUCGCUGUAAAAAAAAUCGAAGAAAAUAAUGUUUAUGUUGAUUAUGAAGAUGAAGUUGACAUUGACGGAGAAGAUCAAAUAAUGCCUGGCAAUAUGCGUUUAAUGGCAGAAAUUUCGUUGUGUGAUAUAGGAGAAGAUGACUGGUUAAUUGAUGAAGAUAGUGAUCACUCUAUUGAAUCUGAUUGUCGUGUCCCACCUUCUAAGGAGUAUUAUAAGAAGUAUAUAAAUACUAAUCCAAAAUCACUUAAUAUGGUUACUAAAAAAAUGAAAAACACAACCAUUAACUCUAAAACACAUGAACCAAUUUCUAGUGUCAAAAAAACUAAAGAAAAAUCAGAUUUAUCAUCUGUAAAAACGAUUAAACAUCUACAACAUUUGACUAAUUCAAGUUUAAACAAAUUAAAUCACCCACCACGUUCAGACGUACCAAACCUAUCAUGUUCAACGAGCAUACCCAGUCCAUCAGGUUCAACCAAUGUACCUAGUCCAUCAUCUUCAGUAAAUUUAUCUGAUUCAUCAAGUUCAACCAGCAUACAUGGUCCAUCAUGUUCAACCAGCAUACCUGGCCCUUCUUGUGUUUUUCCAUCUCGUAAAUUUCCUAAUUUAUUUGAUUCACCUGAUAUUAAUUUGAGUAAAGAACAACAAAUACUACUUAUAAGUCAUUUUUACAAAAAAUCAUUUUUGAAUGUUAAUGAUAAACAAGAGAAUAAUGAACUAAACCAAGAUAUUAAAAUAUCAAAGUUAGAAGACUGUGAUUGUUUAAAAGAAUAUUUAUUAGAAAAUACACACUUAAAAAAUACUGAUGAAGAACCAGAAACUGAAAAUACUGAACUUUCUAACUGUUUUGUAGAAGAUCCAGAUAUUGUUAACCCCGAUAUAAUGUACAAUAUUGAUCUUAAUGAAUAUUAUAAUGAGUUGGAUCUUCUAGCUUUAAAAAUUUUAAAAACACCUGACGAUCCAACAGGAUUGGUCGAAUACAAGCAAUUGCCUCCUAUUCCUCAAAUUGAACAAACACAUCGAAAGUUUACUGCAAACGAACGGCUUAGAUUUGCAAAUGGUAUUUCAGAAUGGGAGUAUCAAAUUGAUCGCGAUGACUGGAAUAAAAUAAUGGUAAAACGAUCUGUAGUAUUCACAGCUCAUGCGGGAUUUAGUAUAGCUAAUGAAGAGAGCUUAUAUGUAUUAGCAGAUGUAGCUAUUGACUAUGUAAAAAAAUUGGCUGUUAUUAUGAAAAAACAUUUUGAUAUUCAAGCAGACAACCCAUUUCCAGAUAGUAUUGAUCCAAUUGAUAAUAGUCUUCAAGAAGUGAGCAUAAUAUUUUUUUAUCUAUUUUAUUUAUUUUAA